CAACUCUAAUGGCUUUUGAUUUUCAAUCACAACAAGAGAUCAUAUUAUAAUUUUCAUGCUUUUCCCAUUUUGCUAAGUUGAUUUUUAUUUUUAUUUUUUCUAUUUCCAUUUCAUUAAUUUGUAGAAAUAUUAGGUGCUACAAAGUUUAAAAUUUUUGAAUAUUUGAGCAAUGGGUUGGAAUUGCUUUGGAGUUUAUCAAUCAUACAAAAACAAUAGCGAGACUCAAGUCCAAGGGUUCACAACCAACAAUGUGAGGGUUUUUUCCUAUAACUCAUUGAGAUCAGCGACAGGUAACUUCCAUCCAUCUAACAAAAUAGGAGGUGGUGGUUUUGGAGUUGUUUAUAAGGGAGUUUUAAGAGAUGGAACUUGUGUUGCCAUUAAAUGUCUCUCUGCUGAAUCAAAACAAGGGACUAAAGAAUUCUUGACAGAGAUUAAUAUGAUUUCAAAUACCCAACAUCCAAAUCUUGUUCAGUUGAUUGGUUGUUGUGUUGAGAAUGGCAAUAGAAUGUUGAUAUAUGAAUACUUGAAGAAUAACAGCCUUGCCAAUGCUUUACUAGGUUCUAAUGGUAAACGCGUUGCUCUGAACUGGCCUCAGAGAGUUGCUAUAUGUUUAGGUACAGCAUCUGGUUUAGCAUUUCUUCAUGAAGAAGCCUCACCAACGAUUGUUCAUCGAGAUAUUAAGGCUAGUAACAUCCUUAUAGAUGAAAACCUUCACCCUAAAAUUGGAGAUUUUGGUCUGGCUAAGCUUUUUCCUGAAAAUGUCACUCAUCUAAGUACGCGAGUAGCAGGAACAAUAGGUUAUCUUGCUCCGGAGUAUGCCUUGUUUGGACAACUUACUAAAAAGACUGACGUCUAUAGUUUUGGAGUUGUUGUACUUGAAAUCAUAAGUGGAAGAAGCAGUAGUAAAUCAGCAUUUGGAGUGGAUCUCUUGGUUCUGGUGGAAUGGGUAUGGAAGCUAAGAGAAGAAGGACGACUUCUGGAAAUCAUUGAUCCAGAGCUAACAGAGUAUCCAGAAACUGAAUUACUGCGGUUCAUCAAAGUUGCUCUCUUUUGCAUACAAUCAGCACCUAACCAAAGACCUAAUAUGAAACAAGUGAUUGAGAUGUUGUCUAAGGAAGUCAACCUCAACGAGAAGGAGUUUAUAGACCACAUAGUGGUAGUCUGCAGAAAUCAUCCUCCGCGGGGAAGAAUGGGGUGCAGUCUGUAAAUCCUUUUGUAACAUCAACAAAGUUUGAGAGCUUUCAGAGUGUCACCCAAAUGCUUCCUAGAUAAUGUUAUUCUUCUAACGUGGGCUAUUGAGGAGUAAAUGUAUCGUCUCUCAUUAGACUUCCUUUUUCAUACAUUUUCUCAUGUAAUGUAAAGUUGGCAGUAGCUGAUAAGGAAGAAAGAGAGACAAUCACACAGAAUGAGCUACUAUGCAACUCCAAAUUUCAGAUAUGAAGAUGAAGUUUACAGCAGA